UUAAACUGGCUUCUAAUUGUUUUGGACAUCAAUUCCAGAUUGGCCGCUGAUGUAGGUAAAGGCGCUGGUCAACGUGAAUUCUCUGGAUUGGGCAACUGCUUGACCAAAAUCUUCAAGUCUGAUGGUCUCCCUGGAUUGUACCGUGGUUUUGGAGUAUCUGUUCAAGGUAUCAUCAUCUACCGUGCAGCAUACUUUGGAUUCUAUGACACCGCUCGUGGAAUGUUGCCAGACCCCAAGAACACCCCAUUAGUUAUCAGCUGGGCCAUUGCACAAGCCGUCACAACUGUUGCUGGUAUUGUGUCAUAUCCAUUCGACACUGUCCGUAGGCGUAUGAUGAUGCAGUCUGGACGUGCAAAGUCUGAAAUGUUGUACAAGGGAACACUGCACUGCUGGGCCACCAUUGCCAAGACAGAAGGAAGUGGUGCCUUCUUCAAGGGAGCUUUCUCCAAUAUCCUCCGUGGUACUGGUGGAGCUUUCGUUUUGGUCUUGUACGAUGAAAUCAAGAAAUUGUUGUAAAUUAAGCAAUAAACAACCAUAACAAAAAAAGAGAAAAAUCUAAAAACAAUUUAAAUUAGCAAAACCAAGUGUAUUUGAAUUUCAUUUUUGCACAAGUUACCUUUUUGUAUUAAAAUAUAUGUAUAUUUAUGAAUAUGUAUUUCUUGUAUUUUAGGUUAAAUUCGUUAUAGAAUAAUUUGGAAAUACAUAUUCAUAAUGCUAAAGUAUUAAAUUGGCUUUUUUCCAUUAAAAUCCUAUUUAACAUUAUACAUAUAUUUUAUUGUCAAAUGUGAGGCGGUAUGGAAUCACGGGUGGCUGCUUUCUGAGUAGUCGAACCUUUUAGGCAAAAAUUGUGUAGAUCAAACUCAGUUCUACAAUCUUGAGCUCAUCCACAUUCUCAGAACAUCCAUGUAUUUAAGUUAACUUAUUGUAUUUAACAGUUUUUGAGGAAAUACUGUAAAUAUGUUUAAGAUAAAUACAAGUAAAAUUGUCGAAUUAUGAUUUUUAUUUAUAUUUAUUUGAAUAAAAUACAAAUGUUGGAAAGCUUA